AUGGCAGACUCCUACCCACCGCUCGACAAACGUCCCAUCGCCAACACAAUCGUCCUCUUCGACGUCGAUGGGACCCUCACCUAUCCCCGCGGGGACGCCACCCCGGAAAUGCUCGCCCUCCUCGCCCAGCUCCGGCACAAGGUAGCCAUCGGCUUCGUGGGCGGCUCCGACCUCCCCAAGCAGCAAGAGCAAAUCGGCAUCCCGGCCGCCGCGCCCGUCACGACGCUCUUCGACUUCUGCUUCUCGGAGAACGGGCUCACGGCCUUCAAGCUCGGCACGCCCCUCCCCUCCAACUCCUUCAUCCAGACGCUCGGCGAGGAGAACUACAAGAGGCUGGUGCGCUUCAUCCUGCACUACAUUGCGGACCUGGACAUCCCCGUGAAGCGGGGCACCUUUGUGGAGUUUCGGAACGGCAUGGUGAACGUGAGCCCCAUUGGGAGGAACGCCAGUCCGAGGGAGAGGGACGAGUAUCAGAAGUUUGAUCUGGAGCACGGGAUCCGGGCAAGGUUCGUGGAGGCGCUGAGGGCGGAGUUUGCCGAGUUGGGGUUGACGUACUCAAUCGGGGGCCAAAUCUCCUUCGACGUCUUCCCCAACGGCUGGGACAAGCGGUACUGCCUGCAGCACCUCGAGAACGACGCCAAGCUGCCGGGAGGCAUCGAGUACACCACCAUCCACUUCUUCGGCGACCAGACCCAGGUCGGGGGCAAUGACCACGAGAUCUUCUCCGAUCCGAGGACGAUUGGGCAUAGCGUAAAGGAUAUCGCGGAUACCACCGCGCAGAUCAAGAAAUUAUUUGACCUCUGA